CUUCCCCGGGGGCAGCCCCUCCCAGCCAGUAACACAGCCCGGCCUCCCUAUAUAAGGCCGGGGCUGCAGGCCCUUCCUUUGGGUCAGUGUCGCGUCCAGGAUACAGACAGCCCCUUUCCGCACAGCCCAGCCAGGCCCCCCACACCGCCACCAUGCCUUUCGGUAACACCCACAACAAGUUCAAGCUGAACUAUAAGCCUGAGGAGGAGUACCCUGACCUCAAAAAGCACAACAACCACAUGGCCAAGGUGCUGACCCUUGAGCUCUACAAGAAGCUUCGGGACAAGGAGACUCCAUCUGGCUUCACCCUGGACGAUGUCAUCCAGACAGGUGUGGACAACCCAGGUCACCCCUUCAUCAUGACCGUGGGCUGUGUGGCCGGUGACGAGGAGUCCUACCAGGUGUUCAAGGAUCUCUUCGACCCCAUCAUCCAGGACCGGCACGGCGGUUACAAACCCACUGACAAGCACAAGACCGACCUCAACCAUGAGAACCUCAAGGGUGGAGAUGACCUGGACCCCAACUAUGUGCUCAGCAGCCGCGUCCGCACGGGCCGCAGCAUCAAGGGCUACACACUGCCCCCCCACUGCUCCCGGGGUGAGCGCCGGGCAGUGGAGAAACUCUCCGUGGAAGCCCUCAACAGCCUGACCGGCGAGUUCAAGGGAAAGUACUACCCUCUGAAGAGCAUGACGGAACAGGAACAGCAGCAGCUCAUCGAUGAUCACUUUCUGUUCGACAAGCCCGUGUCCCCGCUGCUGCUGGCCUCAGGCAUGGCCCGCGACUGGCCCGACGCCCGGGGCAUCUGGCACAAUGACAACAAGAGCUUCCUGGUGUGGGUGAACGAGGAGGACCACCUCCGAGUCAUCUCCAUGGAGAAGGGGGGCAACAUGAAGGAGGUUUUCCGCCGCUUCUGCGUGGGGCUGCAGAAGAUUGAGGAGAUCUUCAAGAAAGCCGGCCACCCCUUCAUGUGGAACGAGCACCUGGGCUACGUGCUCACCUGCCCGUCCAACCUGGGCACCGGGCUGCGUGGAGGCGUGCAUGUCAAGCUGCCGCACCUGAGCAAGCACCCCAAGUUCGAGGAGAUCCUCACCCGUCUGCGCCUGCAGAAGCGGGGCACAGGUGGUGUGGACACAGCUGCUGUGGGCUCAGUGUUCGACAUAUCCAACGCCGAUCGGCUGGGCUCGUCCGAAGUAGAACAGGUGCAGCUGGUGGUGGACGGUGUGAAGCUCAUGGUGGAGAUGGAGAAGAAGCUGGAAAAGGGCCAGUCCAUCGACGACAUGAUCCCCGCCCAGAAAUAGGCGUCCAGCCCGCUCGCCGCCGACUGCUGGAGCCCCAGCUAAAGGGAGAACUCGGCCCAUCGGGGGCCCGCCCCUUGCCCCCCGGAGCUCCACGUGUAACGGGUUUCGGCCACCUGGGGGCUCUAUCCACCCAUCUCGGAAUUCCAUUUCCAACCAGAGUUCCAACCAAUGGGCUUCAGCCUCUGAGUUCUGGCCAAUGAAGAACCUCCUCACACCUUCCUCUCCUUUUCCCGGAGCUCUGCCCACGACCAGGAGCUCUGGCUCAUGGAGAGCUCUCCAACACGUCCGGAGCUCCUGCUUUUUCUACACCCAAAGCAACAAAUAAAAGCAAUGGCGGCCCUAA